GGAGAAUGUGUGUGUGUGGGGGCAGGUCACGUGGUGCCGCCGGACGCAGGAGCGCCGGCGGGACCAUGUCGAGCGAUUUCUACCUUCGCUAUUACGUGGGACACAAGGGCAAGUUCGGACACGAGUUCCUGGAGUUUGAGUUCAGGCCGGACGGUAAACUUAGAUAUGCAAACAACAGCAAUUACAAAAAUGAUGUAAUGAUUCGGAAGGAGGCAUAUGUACAUAGAAGUGUCAUGGAAGAACUGAAACGAAUCAUAGAAGACAGCGAAAUCACAAAGGAAGAUGAUGCUUUGUGGCCCCCACCUGACCGUGUUGGACGACAGGAGCUGGAAAUUGUAAUAGGAGAUGAACACAUCUCAUUUACAACAUCUAAGAUUGGGUCUCUAAUUGACGUAAAUCAAUCCAAGGAUCCAGAGGGUCUGCGAGUUUUCUACUAUCUGGUCCAGGAUUUGAAAUGUCUAGUUUUCAGUCUUAUUGGGCUACACUUCAAGAUCAAGCCGAUCUAAGAGUUUGCUUUCCACACAAAGCUGAUGGAUUUGGCUAUGGACUGGAGUGAUAGAGACCCAAUGAAUUGAAGUGGACUAACUAUGUGCUACAGCAGCUAACUUUAUCUUACGUGGAUUUGGUAAUUUUUUUAUGUGAAUAUAUAAACAACCCCAUCUUGUUUACAAAGUAGUUGAUUUCUUUUUUUAAAUAAAUGAUAUUGAAAUGAA